AUUUAACGUUGUCCAAGAGUAUUGUUGACUCUUUAACAGAACGUUAUUUGUACGUAUUUAAUACAGGGUUGCCAGGUUCCGAGUGUUUUUUUUCGUGAGCAGAUAGGAGGAUGCUACCUUACAAACCUGGCAACUUUGGCUAUGCGCUGGAUACAGCAUACAGUAUGGCGGACAGCGAGAGUGAUUUGGAAACAGACGGGCUUGAAUUAGCUCUGGACACGUUGUGUGGAAGACACUGCAGCAACCAGUCGUUUCUGAACAGCAAAGACUAUUGUUCUGAGUUUUGUGAGUUGGUUGAGGAGUACACGGGGCAAUGGCAGGUUCCUCUCCCUCAGCUCAAGGUGCUGCGGACCGCACUCUGCAGCUUCACCAAAGCCACUGCUCCCUUCCCUGAUGACUGUCAGCACGUCCACUAUGUUCUCAGCAGUAUGGCUUUGAGCUUCUUUGAACUGAUGCUGUUUUUCAGCAAAGAAGAAUUUGUGGAAGAGCCUUUAAAAGACAUCCUUGAAAGCUUUCAGCAGUGCCACUGUCAGCUCCUGAGGCACAGAAACAUCUACCUUCAGCAUGUAAAGCUGAUCAUCAAAGCAGGAGGCCCGUGGGAAAACCCAGUGCUGCAAGGAAUCCUGAAGGAGGCUCACUUACCACUGAAAGAGGUUGAGGACUACUUAAGCUCAGAGUUGGCGGUAUUCUUUGAGUUGCGGAUUCGCUACCUGCUGGCCUGUGAACGAAUGCAAGAGGCCAUGGCUCUGGCUAAAAGCUGCCUGGAAAAUCGCGAGGCUGCAAAGCAUCUGUACUUCCAUCAGGCCUACCUGACCUGCCUCUACAAGGCCUCGCUGCACGAACACCUUCACAAGGAGAUGGCGGAGAUAGAUGGCCGCGAUGCAGUGGAGAUCAUCUGCAACACAGAGAGCGUAGAGAAAGACGAGCUCCUGUUGUCGCUGUGUAAAGCUUUCCUUACCCAGCAGCUACACAACGGAGACAUGUACUACAUCUGGGACCUGGUGUUCAUCUGGAGCAGGUUGCAUCUCCGGGCCCAUCCCUCCAGACAUGGCUUUCUGGCUGAGUGCUUGCAGUUAGCUUCUUCCGCUACUAACGUCAGAGCCAUCUUCACCUUCAUCAAACUGGUCACCACAGAGCUGGGAGUGGAAAGCGUCCAGGUGUGUGUGGAGCUGUGUGCAAGGGCCUUGCGGCUCGCUGACAUGCAGGCUGACAGUGUGACCCGUUCUCUUGUCUGCAAGACCAUUGCCUUCCUCCUACCUCACGACCUGGAGAUCUGUCGAGCGUGUGCCCUGCUGGUGUUCUGCCAGGAACGCAGCCUGGAAGCUUUCCGAACUGUCUGCCUGCUAUACAAUCAUCCCGACCAGGACUCUCAUCCCCACAACAGCCCGGUCCGGACCAGCGUGCGAUUCCAUAUUCUGCAGAUGCUCAAGGCGCGCCUGUGUUUCGACCCCGAGUUUUGGAACCUCCUGACCAUCAGGACUCAUUGCUUGGAGUUGAUAAGUGACAACGUCAUGAAGGCUGCUGUUCUCAGUGAGAUGAAGGAGGAAGAGGAGAAGGAAUACAGGGAAGAGAUGUUCAUAAAUAAGUGUAUAAACCAAUCAUGCAGUCCAGGUUUAAAUUCCUGUCAGUGCACUGAGGCCGCAGAAACUGCAGUCGUGAGCCAAGACCUCCCAGAGGUGCAAGCUGUGGCGGAAGAGACAGGAAAGUGUAUGGCCCCAUCAAAUAAUAAUCUUCUGAAGAGGAGAAAAUGGAGCAAAAGGGUGCGAAGGAGAAGCAAAUCUUUGUCUGAUGAUGAACCCGACAUUGUAGAUGAUCCAGAGUUCAAAUACAAUCUCAAACUCACCUCUUUAGGCAAUAAACCAAUGUACUCACUAAGACGCAAUAUCAGUAAAACGGAGAAUUCAGCUUCCGCAAAAGUCCCUCUAAACCCCAAGAGAGAGUAUCUGGCUAGGUGUGUGAAGAGCCAAAUUUUGAAAAGGCAAGGUCGGAAGAAGAGAUGGUUGCAGGGUCUCCCGAGGCUGGAGCCGGUGCAGACGGUCAAAGUUAAGGAGAAGGUCAAAUACAAAGGGAAAAAGCGGGGACGGAAGCCCUUACAGAAACUGGAACUCUCAUACCCUGAUAAUGAAAUAUCCCGUACAGAGGAGGAGUCCGGGUUUGAAGAGAUAACAGACGACAAAGAGCUGGGCAUGCCUCACCUGGAGAAUGAACUCGAACAAACCUGCCAACAGAAAGAGAAUCAAUUCGAGCAGAUGGAUAAUCUCCAGAGGGAAAAUAGACUUGAGAAACAUCCAGACUCGGACUGUAAAAGCCGUCUCAGUGAACAAACCCAAAAGGAAUCUGAAACACAGCUUUGUGAUGGUCUUCCUGUUGAACCUCAAGCGGCUGCACCUGCUGUUGAAGCUGAUCCUGGGCUUGAUGGUCCUCCCUUAGACUUAAUAGAUUGUCCAAUAGAAGCGUUGCACAGCUAUUCUCUAAAAUCCAAAAAGCCUGAUGAGGAAAAACCCCCAGAAUCCUCGGCACCAGAAGAGGUUAAUGGCAAUACAGAAGAGGAGCCAGAACCCACAGUGGAAACAAACACUGAGGUGAAAUCCAAGCGAUCAUGGAAGGACCGGGUGCUGCGUACUCAACAGUAUGCCCACUUGAUGCACCACUGCAAGUUUUGCCAGAAGGACUAUAAAGGCUUGAAUGUCAUGAGGCAUGCUCUCUCGCACCUUAAGAGCAGGAAACUCAAAUGCAUACUCUGUGGAAAGCGCUUUAAACAGCUUUCCUUUGCCAAAAAGCAUGUCAUGGACCACAUUGAUGAAAUGUGCAAGCAGAAGAAGAGAUGCACUGAGGGCACUCCUGCUGCUAAUGGUAUAGCAGAUAAUGUGGACAAUCAGCAUCAGGAUAAAAACCAGACUCCCAUUUCCAAUGAGGAAACUCCUGAGCAGAAACCCGGGGGGAAAUCUAAAGUUUCAAGCCUCAAAAGGGAAGAUCGAAUUAUCAGGAACCUGCGCACCCUCAUCAAAAAGACAGCCGUGCUUCACAAGAAAUGCAAAAACCCUGACGCGAACAUAUUCAAGCAGGUAGAGUUCAAGGACGAGCAGGUCGUCAUUAAAGACGGCCUGGUGAUCGUGAAGGAUCCUUCUGUGAUGGGGAAGGAGGGAGAAGCAGGGGAGGAGGAGAAGCCAGCGGGAGAGAAUGGCUUCGGUGUGGACAUCACGUACCACCUGUGCCCCUCAGAGUCCUGUGAUAGAGUGUUCUUGAGGAUCAGCACCACACUAACUAAGCACGCCAUCAAAUGCCAUAUCAGCGAGGAGAAGGUGCUGGAGAAGACUUUUGUGUGGGCCAAACACAAGUGCAGCAUAUGCCUCAGGCAGAUCCAGUUUCUCCAGCACUAUAAGGACCACAUGAAGCUCCACGACACUACUCUGCAGCACUUCUGCUACCAUCAGGACUGUAAGCAGCGCUUCCCUUCACAGCAGGAACUAAAGGACCAUGUCAUCAGCCAUAAGCCCUUCAGACCUCAAUGUCCAUUCUCAGAGUGUGAGAAGCUGUUCUCAAACCUUCAAGGUCUCCAUGAGCACGAGUGGAGACACUACAUCCCAGUGCCUCAGAAAGAGGAGCUGGAGUCUGGACCUGGCAGACAGAUGAAGCAAAGUGCUGAAGCCCCCUGGAAGCAGAGAGUGAAAGUAGAGGAGCUAUGGCUGCAGAGUAAGAAGCUGCAGAGGGAACAGGCCUCUGAUGUUGAGGGUUCUAGAGAAAUGAAAACUGAAACUCAUUUCCCAGACGGUAAUCAGCCGGAUAACUGUUCAGAGAACUCAGGCAGUCACGAGCCUGUGUGCAACACUAAAUCCUCCAUCAAUGGACAUGAGCCCGAGACGGGAAGGACAGAUGGAAAUAUGUCCUCUUCUUGCACUGGUCCUGGAGGAGUGACUCCAAAGAAGAGCGGUCGAAAAAGAACGCCCGUCGAGUUAGACCCGUUGAAUGUCAAAGACCUGGAGGACUUGUCCACUUUGUCUGAGGGAGUCCAGCAGGCCAUAGGAGAGCCGCACAUCACCGAGCACAAAACCUUUAAACCGGAAGACCCCGCAUACGCCACUUUCGUUAAAGCCCCCUUCAUCAGGCCGCCGCCCUCCACCUACCUGGAUGAAUCCCGGCUCUCGAUGCGCAAGAGGAGGGCCCCUGAAGAGGUUGCUCCGAAGAAAAACACCUACUGGAGCAUUAAGAGAAAGAAGGAGACCGUCAAGGAGGAGCAGCAGCAGGAGGUGGAGGAGGACGUGCAGAAGGUCCGGCACCGCUGUGACAAAUGUCUUUCCUCUUUCAGCAGUGUGGAAGAACUACAGAAACACCAGGCCCUCAACACCUGCUCCGCACUUUUUGGCUUCGAUUCAGACGAUGAGAGUUAGUAAUGACUGAAGAGGAGCUGUAACCAUGGUGACCACUCUAGAUGGAGGACGACUUCCAUAAUACUACAGUACUCGUUCAAGUAAAAAGGAGAUAUGUGCCAAAAUAGCUAAUUUGGGGAUUUCAUUUUCUCUCUAACUGAUAAAACCUGUGAUUUUAACACUAAAUUUCACCAGCGUGAGAUUUGUAAGGUAUAAACAAAAAAAACUACCUGUGCUAAUUAACAUACAGUGGGGACAAGUAUUUGAUACACUGACAAUCUCGCAGGUUCUCCCACUUACAAAGCAUGAAGAAGUCUGUAAUUUGUAUCAUAGGUUCUCAACUGUGAGAGACGGAAUCUAAAACUAAAAUCCAGAAAAUCACAUUGUAUGAUUUUUAAGUAAUUCAUUUGCAUUUUAUUGGAUGACAUAAGUAUUUGAUACAUCAGAAAAACAGAACUUAAUAUCUGGUACAGAAACCUUUGUUUGCAAUUACAGAGAGCAGACGUUUCCUGUAGUUCUUGACCAGGUUUGCACACACUGCAGCAGGGAUUUUGGCCCACUCCUCCAUACAGAUCUUCUCCAGAUCCUUCUGGUUUCGGGGCUGUUGCUGGGCAAUAUGGACUUUCAGCUCCCUCCAAAGAUUUUCUAUUGUGUUCAGGUCUGGAGACUGGCUAGGCCACUCCAGGACCUUGAGAUGCUUCUUACGGAGCCACUCCUUAGUUGCCCUGGUUGUGUGUUUCGGGUCGUUGUCAUGCUGGAAGACCCAGCCACGACCCAUCUUCAAUGCUCUUACUGAGGGAAGGAGGUUGUUGGCCAAGAUCUCGCGAUACAUGGCCCCAUCCAUCCUCCCCUCAAUACGGUGCAGUCGUCCUGUCCCCUUUGCAGAAAAGCAUCCCCAAAGAAUGAUGUUUCCACCUCCAUGCUUCACAGUUGGGAUGGUGUUCUUGGGGUUGUUCUCAUCCUUGUUCUUCCUCCAAACACGGCGAGUGGAGUUUAGACCAAAAAGCUCUAUUUUUGUCUCAUCAGACCACAUGACCUUCCCCCAUUCCUCCUCUGGAUCAUCCAGAUAGUCAUUGGCAAACUUCAGACGGGCCAGGACAUGCGCUGGCUUGAGCAGGGGGACCUUGCGUGCGCUGCAGGAUUUUAAUCCAUGACAGCUUAGUGUGUUACUAAUGGUUUUUCUUUGAGGCUGUGGUCCCAGCUCUCAUGAUCAAAUACGUGUCAUGCAAUAAAAUGCAAAUUAAUUAUUUAAAAAUCAUACAAUGUGAUUUUCUGGAUUUUUGUUUUAGAUUCCGUCUCUCACAGUUGAUGUGUACAUAUGAUAAAAAUGACAGACCUCUACAUGCUUUGUAAGUGGGAAAACCUGCAAAAUUGGCAGUGUAUCAAAUACUUCUCCCCACUGUAUAUUCACUUUCCUUUUCCUCAGCCAAUCUCAAAGUACUGCUGACAUCUCAGUCCUAACAAACCAAAUAUGGCCCCAGAGAAUAUCUAGAAACCUGUGUGUUCAGUUACUUGGUUGGUUACUGCAUUCUUUCAUUUGUAAUCACAGUAUUUAACUUUUUGCUCGUCUUUCAGUUUAACAUGUUAACACUAUCAAGUUAUUAUUGAUACUUAUUUUUUCUCACUUUAUUUGAUCAAGUGGAUUUAAAAUGAACUUCUGAUUUUAAGCCUUUGAGACAAAAGGUUACCCAACUAAUUUACUCCAUGGACAACAAUGAUUUACAUAUCCCUAUAGUGAUCAAUUUGGGAGAAAAAAGGCUGACAUUAAGACUCAGCUUUGAUUUCUUUUUCUCAUCAUGACUUGCUGGCAAAACUUGAAAAUGAUUUGUAUGACUGGCUUCAGCUCCUUUGAUUAUGUGUUCACAUGCAGUACAUCAUGCGCAGUGUUUGCAACUCUAUGAAAUAUUGUAACAAACCUCAUAAAUUGAUAGAAAGAUGUGUUCUCAGUUGAGCGUGUUUGUUCAAUUGCUGUCUUCCAAAGGAUUCAUGCACUGGUUUGGUAAAAAAGCCUCACUAAAAAAGACUAACAGUACAUAUGUGGUAGUUGUACAUCUCUACUGUUAAACAGUAUUAUAAUUCUAAAUAAAUCCUUCAAAGGAACUUUUGAAACUGUAAGAGGAGGAUGCAGCAUUUUCAGGAUUGGGUUUGCCUUUAACAAGUCUUCUGACUUAUGCUAUGACAACUGGAAUGACUUGCGUAUUGAAAUGUCUGAAACCCUGUGAUUAUGCCUUUAUAACACUAUUAUUCUGUAGAAAAUGGCAAAUAUGUAUACCUUCAUUAGUGCCAAGAACGAAUCAGUGUUGCACUGUCGGUAAAGAUACAAUUAAACAGUUUCAGUUCACUUUGAAUUUCAUUUUAACUCCAUGUUAUGUAUAUGCUUUUGAGUUGAUCUGUAAAAUAAGUUGUACAAGUGUAAUCCUUUUUUAUGGGAGUGUGCACUUAAACCUGCUUAUUUAUAUGUACAAAUGUUAAUAUACUAGAUUUGUAAAUGUAAUGAUGAUUUCCCAUUUAUUUUUCAUAAGAAAAUCAAUUACAUUUGUUUGAAUAAACAAAUGAAACUAA